CACCUGGUGGGGCAAAACAUUGGAAAGCACCCCAUGGCCUGGAAGAGCCUUUAUUUUCUGUAUUGAAAUCCGCGCAGUUCUCCCCUGCUAGUUUAAAGGAAGGCCGACGAGUUACGAAGUUCUACACACAUCGCCAUGAAUCCCGCCAUCGUCCUCCGCAAUGUCGCGCGCACAGCCACCAGACGCCCCGUCGUCGCCGCCGUACCCCGUCAGCGACUGCGAGCUGCUGCCGUCCAGGUGGCUGCGAGACGAUCUAUCUCAUCCACUGAAGUCGCAGGCCCGCCCGAUGCCCCCGCACCCAAGAAGAAGGAGGUCAAAUAUACCGCUGACUCCUACCCCAACAUCCAACGCAACUCGCAAUUCUCCAAAUUGACCCUCGAGGACGUCACGUACUUCGAAUCGAUAUGUCCCGUUGUGUCCAUCGACAAGGGCGCUAGCCAAGACGAGCUUGAGGCAUUCAACACCGACUGGAUGCGCAAAUACCGCGGACAGACCCGACUCGUCGUCAAGCCCAAAAGUACCGAGGAUGUCUCUAAAAUCAUCAAGCACUGCAAUGAGCGGAAACUCGCUGUCGUCCCGCAGGGUGGCAACACCGGGCUUGUCGGUGGCUCCGUUCCUGUCUUCGACGAGAUUGUCAUCAACAUGAGCAACAUGAACAAGGUCCGCUCGUUCGACGAGGUCUCGGGAAUCCUCACUUGCGAUGCGGGUGUCGUGCUCGAGGCGGCGGAUAGCUACCUCCGCGAGAAGGGGUACAUCUUCCCACUUGACCUGGGCGCGAAAGGAUCUUGCCACGUCGGUGGAAACGUCGCUACCAACGCUGGUGGUCUGCGGCUACUCCGGUAUGGCUCGCUCCACGGUACUGUGCUGGGUGUGGAGGUUGUUCUCCCCGACGGAAGAAUCCUGGACGACCUCUCUCUUCUCAGGAAGAACAAUACUGGAUACGAUUUGAAACAGCUGUUCAUCGGCUCCGAAGGAACGAUUGGAAUCAUCACUGCUAUCUCGAUCAUCUGCCCGCAGAAGCCCACGGCUCAGAACGUCGCCUUCUUUGCGGUUGAGUCAUACGAGAAGGCGCAGGAGAUCUUCGUCAAGACCAAACAGCAGCUCUCUGAGAUCCUCUCGGCAUUCGAGUUCAUGGACUCAAGCUCGCAAGCUUUCGUUAAGUUGGUUACCAGAAAAAAGCUGCCAUUGGAGACUCAGGCGCCAUUUUACGUUCUGAUAGAAACGAGCGGUAGCAACACUGAACAUGACAAAGAGAAACUCGAUACCCUCCUGGAGAACCUCAUGGAGAACGAAGACGUCAGCGACGGCACGGUCGCUGAAUCCGAGACUCAGAUGCGGGAGCUCUGGACAUGGCGUGAGGGUAUCGCCGAGGCGCUCGGCCACUACGGCGGAGUAUACAAAUACGACGUUUCCAUUCCUCUAUCGGAGCUGUACCUUCUCGUUGAAGACGUCCGCACGCGGAUGAAGGAAGUUGGCCUCCUCACCACGCCCGAGAACCCCGAGGGAAUUGUCGUCGACAUCGUUGGCUACGGGCACAUGGGAGAUUCCAACCUCCACCUGAACAUCCCCGUGCGCGGAUUCGAUAAGCGUGUUGAGAAGGCGUUGGAGCCGUUCAUUUACGAGUGGAUCCAGAAGAGGAGGGGAAGUAUCAGCGCGGAGCAUGGAUUGGGUGUCGCGAAGAGCGACUUUGUUGGGUACUCCAGAGGCGAGACGGAGCUCGGUGUCAUGAAGGCCAUCAAGGGACUGUUUGAUCCCAACGGUAUCAUGAAUCCGUACAAGUACAUCAAGGCAUAAAAGGGAAUGUUAAUUUUAGGAGGUUGGAGGCGGUGGAUGUAUAUACCUCAUUUUUAUGUGAGC